AUGCUGACGUAUAGUGAAGACACGGAUUCAAGACCAGAGGAUCAGUCACAAGCAGAAGUUCGAGGAUUAAACACCAUCGAUAACAAACGGUUAUACGAAGCAAUUAACUAUCAACCAACCAUGGUGUACAGAGAACAGCGCCACACACCGCGUAAAAUGGUGUCACUUCAACUGAUUUCGAUUCUCGUGCUGAACCUGCUCCUUGGUCUCACAGUACAGUUAGUGAACGGCUGCAACGAGAUGGUUUGCGCGAGCAUCGUCUCGAAGUGCAUGCUGACGCAGAGCUGCAAGUGCGACAUGAAAAGCUGCACGUGCUGCAAAGAGUGUGCCGAGUGUCUGAGCUACCUGUACACCGAGUGCUGCAGCUGCCUGGAGAUGUGCCCCAAACCGAGCGAAACAUCGAACGAGCUGUCAAAACAAUCGCACAUCGAGGACCUGGAGGGUUUCCCGAAUUUGUACGACGUGAUCACGUCCGAGCAGGAUGCACAGGGCCGCUGGAAGGUGAUCUCCUUCCCGAUCGACAUCGAUGCGGCGCUUUACGGUCCGAAAGGCGAUACCAAAUUCCUCGUCCAUUCCAACGACAUGGAGCUGAAGGCGAAGUAUGCGGAUCCGAACAAGAUCACGGUGAACUGUACCGUCGCUUACCAGGCACAGUGCAUGUCGUGGAACAAGUGCAAGGAAAGCUGCCGAACGAUGGGGGCCAGCAGCUACAGGUGGUUUCACGAUGGCUGCUGCGAGUGUGUCGGUCACUACUGCAUCAAUUAUGGCAUCAAUGAAUCGCGCUGCCGUGAGUGUCCGGAAAGCAAGCAACAUGACAGCGCAGAGGAUUUCUUCAACGAGGACGAGCUGGACUACGGUGAAAGCAUUGGUCCGAUGGACAACUCGCCCGUUUAA